CAAAGGGAUCACUCGCUGUUCAGCUCCCGAGUCUUGAACAAUUGUAGUCUAGAGAGGAAAUGGUUCAAUUUAAAUAACCAUCCAGAUUUUUCCUAUAUUUACCCUAACCCUCUUGUUUUACACAAUUUACCCCUUGCUGGGUUUGCAUCCUGAAUUUGGCCAUGAAUUCAGCGGAACAGACGGUAACGUGGCUUAUAACACUGGGGGUCUUGGAAUCGCCGAAAAAGACCAUCUCGGAUCCCGAAGGAUUUUUGCAGUCAUCCCUCAAAGAUGGGGUGGUCCUGUGCAAGCUGUUGGACCGACUGCGCCCAGGCUCCAUCGAUAAAAUUUACCAGGAACCGAGGAACGACAGCGAGUGCCUGGGCAACAUCAGGGAGUUUCUAAAAGGCUGCGGAUUAUUUCGCAUAGAGACGUUUGAGGCCAAUGACCUGUUCCAGGGCCAGAAUUUCAGCAAGGUGCUGAAUUCCCUGGUGGCACUUAACAAAGUGAGCACAGACAUUGUUGUGGGCAGGGAUUCUGCAUGUGUGCGCCAGUCCACUCAUCGGAUCAAGUCCUUCGACUCACUGGGCUCCCAGUCUUCCCUCACUAGAUCAUCUAAGCUCCUGCAGAAUCAGUACCACAGUCUGGACAUGACGGAGAACAGCAACCACCAGGCAGUGGUGAAAGCACGCUUUAACUUUCAGCAGACGAACGAGGAUGAGCUGUCCUUCUCCAAGGGUGACAUCAUCCAUGUCACCCGCAUGGAGGAGGGGGGCUGGUGGGAGGGCACCUUCAAUGGCAAGACUGGCUGGUUCCCGAGCAACUAUGUCAGAGAAGUCAAAGGCAGUGACAAACCAGUGUCUCCUAAAACUGGAACUUUGAAAAGCCCCCCAAAAGGCUUUGACACCUCUGCCAUCAACAAGACCUACUACACAUUGGUACUACAGAACAUUCUGGAAACAGAGACAGAAUAUUCCAAGGAACUCCAGAAUCUUCUGUCCAAUUACUUGAGGUCACUACAGGCCACAGAGAAGCUGAGCGGGUCGGACAUCGCCCUACUCCUGGGGAACCUGGAGGAGAUCAGCACCUUUCAGCAGAUGCUGGUCCAGUCUCUGGAGGAGUGCACUAAGCUGCCGGAGGCCCAUCAGCGAGUAGGGGGGUUCUUCCUCAACCACAUUCCUCAGAUGAAGAGCCUAUAUGUGGCAUACUGUGCCAACCACCCCUCUGCCGUCAGCGUCCUGACAGAGCACAGUGAGGAGCUGGGGGAGUUCAUGGAGGGAAAGGGGGCCAACAGUCCGGGGAUUCUCAUAUUGACCACAGGCCUGAGCAAACCCUUUAUGCGGCUGGAUAAAUACCCCACCCUGCUCAAGGAGCUGGAGAGACACAUGGAGGAGUAUCACCAAGACCGUCCAGACAUUCUGAAGUGCAUGACAGCAUUCAAAUCCCUCUCAACGCAGUGCCAAGAGGUACGGAAGCGCAAGGAGCUGGAGCUGCAGAUCCUGACAGAGUCGAUCCGGUGCUGGGAAGGCGACGACAUCAAGACGCUGGGCUCCGUCCUUUACAUGUCCCAGGUCACAGUCCUCAACCACGGCAAUGAGGACAAGAACGAGCGCUACCUCCUGCUGUUCCCCCACGUGCUCCUCAUGUUGUCCACCAGUCCCAGGAUGAGCGGAUUUAUUUACCAGGGUAAGCUACCGUUGGUGGGAAUGGCCGUUUCCAAGCUAGAGGACAGUGAGACCCACAAGAACGCCUUUGAAAUAUCUGGGAGCAUGAUUGAGAGGAUCCAAGUGGUCUGUAAUACCCAGCAGGAUCUGCAGGACUGGUUGGAUCACCUGCAGCGUCAGACCAAGCGGACCUCACUGGCUACGUCCACCAUGAAGCCACAGUCCGUCCCCUGUCACACACUCCCCUCACACCCCGUUACCCCAUCCAGGCAUUCUGAGAGCCGGGGCACAACGGUAGCCCCUGCCUAUCAUACCCUCCCACACCUCUCCUCGCAUGGGACACCCCACAGCACCAUGAUGUGGGGCCCCCUGGAGCCCCCCAAGACCCAGAAGCCAUGGAGCCUCAGUUGCCUGCGGCCUGCACCUCCCUUGAAGCCUUCUGCCGCACUCUGCUACAAGGAGGAUCUCAGCAAAAGUCCCAAGAGCAUGAAAAAACUACUCCCGAAACGCAAGCCAGAGAGGAAACCCUCUGACGAGGAGUUUGCCCUGAGGAAAAGUACAGCGGCCCUUGAGGAGGAUGCGCAGAUCCUGAAAGUUAUUGAGGCCUACUGUACCAGCGCCAAAACACGGCAAACACUCAACUCAACAUGGCAGGGCACUGAUCUUAUGCAUAAUCACGUGUUGGCCGAUGAUGACCUCCCCAGUGUGGACUCUCUGGGGCGUCGCAACAGUGUCUCCCGCCCGGAGCAGACGUCUGACCUCUCCGAAGACUCUGACUAUGACAGCAUAUGGACAGCCCAUAGUUACAGGAUGGGGUCCACAUCCCGAUCUUGGAAAGAAUCGGGGCCUCAUAUGCUAUUUCCAGAGGAGGAGAAGAUUAUUGUUGAGGGGACAAACAGCAAUGGUCAGACUGUGAUCGAAGAGAAGACCCUUGUGGACACAGUUUAUGCACUGAAAGAUGAAGUACAAGAACUGAGACAGGACAAUAAGAAGAUGAAGAGGACGCUUGAAGAGGAGCAGAGAGCUCGGAAGGAGCUUGAGAAGAUUGUCAGGAGGGUUUUAAAGAACAUGAAUGACCCCUCCUGGGAUGAGACCAAUUUGUGAAUAGAAUGUGUUGCUUUAGUUUUUUUUUGUUUGUUUUUAAUUUUUUUAUUUCAGGUUGUUAUUUUUUUAUAUUUCAUUUUAUGCUUAAAAGUGGAGGAGGACCAUCUGCUGCAGAGGAUAAUGUACAGAAACACAGAAACCAGGCAGGCUGUAACCCUCAGCACAUAUAAUAACUGGAAGUAUGGAAUGGGUCACUGGCGAAAGGUGGGGGGGGGGGAUUGAUGAAAAUGACAAGGUCUACCUUGACUCACUGCACUGGCUGACAGUAGGGGGGCCAAAUCAAUACAGUGCAGCCAAGUGUCAGGUUGUGAGCCCUUAAAACCCUCUAUAACCAUAUAUGCUCUUCUCAAAGACUGUUUGCUUUUUUUCUUUCUCACAUUUUUGUAAAAACUUUUCAGUGGUACCCACUAUCUACACACUAUCAUGAAUGUUAUGUCCUGCUAGUUCUGUCGCACUCUGUGUGGAAGCCUGGGGCACAGGGGUUAAAUGCAAAGAUUGCUGUAGCUGCGGUUAUGAUUCAGAAGAGCAGAAUGUCCUUGUGGGUGUGUGGGAGAGCUGGUGAUGUCAAGCUCACAGAUUUUGGCCAGGCAAAGGCAUUGUUUCCUCUCUGAAGCCCUGACCAGAUCACUCUGGAUCUAUGACCACAUUGUUCUGAGGCUCUGACAAGUCACUCUAAAGCCAUGACCAGGUCACUAUGAAGCCAUGACCAGGUUACUGAAUCUCUUAUACUUAACCACCAGCCACUAUUAAAUUGUUUUUAAGUCUUUUUUGUCGAGAACACAGCAAUACAACUCCUAUAUGACUGGAACAUUUCAGGUGAAUUCUACACUGGUUGUCUUUUGAAGCCAGUUUUGUACACACAUUUUUGGGUUUUAAAUUACCUCAUUUUUUGUAUGUUUUUGUAUUUUUUGUUUGUUGUUUUGAGCGGCUGGGAAUUUAUAACAGGCCUUUUGUUUGUGUUGUGUUUUAUGUUGCAAUGUUUCAUACAGGAUUCUUACAGAAAUGGACCUUUUAUAUUGUAAAUAAUGCUAGAAGGUGUGCCUUUUGAAAUGAGUUUCCUUAAAUUGUGUACUUUUCUGUCUGCCUAUCUUAAGCUCAGAGGCUUUUAUAAGAAACAUUCAGAUUCCCGUCCUGUACUCACAAACUUAAAUGCAACACAGAGAAGUAACACUGAUUCUUCAGACAGUUAAAGAGUCUUCUGUUUUGUUUCCCUUAUUGAUGUAAUUAAAUUGUCUAAUGAGAGCAACUUGUAUGCACUGUGUGGAUUUUGUUCUUGCAUCUGGUGAGAGCAUCACCUUUGUGA